AUGGAUGCAGCACCGGGCCAUCAACUGAGCAAUCGCAUCGGCUCCUCUCCUGUCCUGCGAUUCCUCGUUGGCGACGAGCUGUGGACGCCGAACCACUGCGCUGUGUUCCUGCUCACGUUUACCAGCUACGCGCUGGUGCAUGCUUCUCGAAAAACGUUGAGUACGGUGAAGCCAUCUCUUAUAAGCGAGUGGACUGAUAACACUACAUACGUGGAGCCGCUGUUUGCUGAUAAGCAUUCGGCCGAAUCGUUUCUCGCCUUUCUGGAUGGCGCAUUUCUUGGCGCAUACGCUUUGGUUGGCGAUUUUCUCACAUGCCUUCGUCGAAAUGGAACACUUACCUCUCUGCGGGGACUUUACGUUGGUGGUACACUGGGUGACCGAUAUGAUCCAGCAAAAGUGCUUGCUGCUGGCAUGUGGACGUCUUCGGUCACUAUAUUCCUGUUCGGGACGCUCUCAAAAUGGUUGGCAUUGCGUUCACUGUCAUAUUAUACAGCAACCUGGAUAGCGUGCGGUUUGUUUCAGUCCGUUGCCUGGCCCACUGAGAUUGCUGUGAUGGGCAGCUGGUUUGGACAUAACAGUCGUGGUGCUGUUUUGGGACUUUGGUCAGCGUGUGCUUCGGUCGGAAAUAUUUUGGGAACGUUGGUCUCGUCGCAAACCGUGCAGAUGGGCUACGAAUACUCGUUCGCGGCCAACUCCGGCUCACUUUUCGUCGGCGGCAUUCUCAUCUUCUUCUGUCUCUCACCGUCACCACACCAGCACGAACGCGAUGCGGCAGACAUAUUUGAUGGAGCUUCCGGACAACGAAAAGCGAUAAGUUUUUGGCGGGCGUGGUUCCUGCCAGGCGUGAUUGCUUAUUCUCUGGCAUACGCGUGUCUCAAGCUAGUGAAUUAUUCAUUUUUUUUCUGGUUACCGUUCUAUCUUCAUGCCCACUAUGGUUGGAAAGAAUCUUUAGCCGACGAACUGUCAGCGUGGUACGAUCUCGGUGGCAUCGUCGCUGCUGUAGUUGCUGGAAUUGCAUCGGAUCGCUUUUCAUCGCGCACACCCAUUUUGGUCUCCAUGCUUGUAAUGUCUAUGGGCGCGUUGUUCUUUUAUGCAAAUUCGCCUAACAGCGUUUUGGUCAAUUCUUUGCUGAUGGCAUUGACGGGUUUCUUUGUUGGUGGUCCAGCGAAUCUCAUAUCGUCUGCUGUUUCUGCUGAUCUCGGAAAAGCAGAAGUAAUCAGAGGGUCGGCAGAGGCGUUAAGCACAGUUACGGGCAUUAUAGACGGCACUGGUAGUGUUGGUGCCGGUAUUGGCCAACUUCUCAUUCCAAAAAUCGAAGCACGUUUUGGCUGGAUUGCUGUUUUUUACGGCUUCAUUGCUAUGAUGUUCAGCACAAUCUUGUGUUUGGUGCCGUUGCUGUGGAGGGAGAUGAAUGAAAGAGCUCGCUAUGUGCGUCUGCGUCCCGAAGUUGUCGAAGGUGAUGUUACGCCUUCUAGUUCGGAUAGUUCGUCAAAUUCCGAAACAGGCAAUCCGCAUUUACCAGUUAGGAUCAGGCAUCGUAAUCCACCUGAGGAUUAA